UAUUACAUCUACUUUAGUCAUGCAGAAAAACAAAAUAAAUGACAUACCUUAAGUAAUAUCUUCACAUGUGACCUAGCAAGGCAGACAUCGAUUUAUCUAUCAAGAUUCUUUCUAUAGACGGGUGAAGUAAGAGUUUAUCAUUUUGAUUAAAAACUGGAUGAAGUGUACAUUUUAAGGUAACAAAUAUUAAAACAAGAUGUGCAGUCCAAAGUGUGCAUCUAUACUUCUGGGUGUUAUAAACGUUGUAUUUUUCCUGCUUGGUAUUGGAAUCAUCGUCCCUGGUGUAUUACUUCUUGUUGACAAUGAUGCCAUCAAUGACAAGAUUAUUCCAAUAUUCAAAGAAGUAACUUUGGGAUCCUCGAACUUCGGAGAUCUGGCUAAAAAUCUGCCUAUAGCACUGAUAGCUCUAGGAUCCUUAGUGCUCGUUAUUUCAGUAAUUGGAUUUUUUGGAGCAUGUUGUUGUAAAAUUAAAUGCUUCCUUAUGGUGUAUGCCAUAAUCGUUAUGAUACUGUUGAUUGGGAAGAUAGUUGUUUUGGCACUGUGGUACUUCAUGAAUGGCCAGUUCGAGACUACAAUAAAGGGGGAAAUGUUGAAGAACUUACAACGUGAAUAUAAAAAUGAUGUUUUAGAUGCCAACGAUCUAUCUUCAGCCUGGAACCAUUUACAGUUAGCUUUCGAAUGCUGUGCAAUUAACUCAGUUAUCAAUGCCACCAAUGAUUAUGACAGUACACCUUGGCAAAGCGGUUCUCCUAAUACUGACAUACCAUUAUCAUGUUGUCCAGGUGUGACUUCAUCAAACUACACUAUCGGAACGGCAACAGAUCCGUUAUGUACAUCGCUUAAAACCGUUGACCCAAAAGGGCAAUACUCAAAGGGAUGUUAUGAUGCUGUAAACGACUUUAUAAAGGGAUACUCGCUGUGGUUUUAUAUUGGAGGUCCUAUUUUAUUCUUAAUCGAGAUCAUUGGAAUUGUAAGUGCUUUUUACUUGUUUUGCAAAACCGACAAAGAAGAUGAUUAGGAGGCAACUGAAUUGACUGGUUCCUAACAGGAAUAGGUGUCUAAUAUGGAGUAGAGGACUACUUUACAAUCAUGCAUGAUAUCAGUUAUGACGCAUUUUUUUAUGAUAAAAAAAAGUGCAGAACUACGAUAUUUGUUAUCAGUAUGUUUCCUUGAACAAACUGUAAAUAGGUUUUUAGUCAUAAUCAUUCAUACAUGCUUUUUCGAACAAAAAAGUCUCAAUGGACUUUAAAACAUUUUAUUAUAAACCCAUUAUUUUCUAAUAAAAUAUUGUCAUAAACCUAUUUUAACAUGAUUUCAUGCAUUU